GCAGAGGGCGGUGACUGUCACGGUGCCAGCUGAACCGCAGGUCAAAGACCGAGCAGCGGCGACUCUGCGACUUUCUCACAAGCAGCGGGACCUGCGGCGGCUUCAGGCGGCGGCACAGCAGCGCUUCAUCGGCUUUAACCAGCGUCCAAGCCUCGGUCUGUGUGUGUGUGGAGGUGUUGGUUUUCCCUCUCUUCUCUGCGGGUGAGAGGCUGUACAAUCCUCGGCAGUGUUCUGAGACUGUGCGGCCCCACCGGAACCAGAACCAGCACCAGCACCUUCAGCGCUUCAUGGACUAACCUUACAUUAUCUGUCGCUGAACUCUGAACUCUGGCCUUUUCAUGUGACACACACACACACAUAUUUUUUCCUCCUCACUUUUAUAUUUUUCCUUCUUUAAACCUGGGCUUAACUUUGCCUGUCGGGGAAUAACAGCGUUGGAAGAGCAGACAUGACAGCAGAGAAGGAGAAGAAGAGGAGUAGUUCGGAGCGUCGGAAGGAGAAGUCCCGCGACGCCGCCCGAUGCAGACGUAGCAAAGAGACAGAGGUUUUCUAUGAGCUGGCUCACCAGCUGCCCCUCCCACACAGCAUCAGCGCUCACCUGGACAAGGCCUCCAUCAUGAGGCUGACCAUCAGCUUCCUGCGCACACGCAAGCUGCUGGCCACAGGUCACAGAAGCAGUGACAGCGAUGAGGACGGACAGAUGGACAGUCUGUACCUGAAGUCACUGGAGGGCUUUAUCACCGUGGUAACGUCAGACGGCGACAUGAUAUUCCUGUCUGAGAACAUCAACAAGUUCAUGGGGCUCACGCAGGUGGAGCUCACUGGUCACAGCAUCUUUGACUUCACACAUCCAUGUGACCACGAGGAGAUCAGAGAGAAUCUCAGCCUGAAGACAACUGGCAGUGGCUUUGGCAAAAAAGGCAAAGAGCUGACCACAGAGCGGGAUUUCUUCAUGAGGAUGAAAUGCACUGUGACCAACAGGGGGCGCACUGUCAACCUCAAGUCAGCCAGCUGGAAGGUGCUGCACUGCACCGGACACCUGAGGAUGAACAGCUGUCCUCCCAGAGUGCUGUGCGGCUUCAAAGAGCCCCCGCUCACCUGCGCCGUUCUGAUGUGUGAGCCGAUCCCGCACCCGUCCAACAUCGACACACCUCUGGACAGCAAGACCUUCAUGAGCAGACACAGCAUGGACAUGAAGUUCACCUACUGUGACGAGAGGGUAACAGACCUGAUGGGUUACACUCCUGAGGAUCUUCUGGGUCGUUCUAUCUACGACUUUUACCAUGCCCUGGACUCUGACAGCAUCACCAAGAGCCACCACAACUUGUGUACCAAGGGUCAGGCAGUGAGUGGUCAGUACCGUUUGCUCGCUAAGACUGGAGGCUACAUCUGGGUGGAAACCCAGGGAACUGUGAUCUAUAACAGCCGCACCUCACAGCCUCAGUGCAUCGUGUGCAUCAACUAUGUCCUCAGUGACGUUGAGGAGAAGUCGAUGGUUCUCUCCCUGCAGCAGACCGAGUCUCUGUUCAAGCCUCGACACAUGAGCAACUUCUUCACUGCUGGAGGUGCAGGUGUGACCGGAGAGCCAGGAGACGCCCUUUUCACCAAACUGAAGGAGGAGCCAGAGGACCUGGCACAGCUGGCUCCAACACCUGGAGACACGAUCAUCUCCCUGGACUUUGGCCACUCUCAGUGUGAGGUGUCUGCAGAAGCUAUGCUCCCACUAGGACCGCCGUCCUGGGCCAGAGAGAGCCUCAAACCUGUCAAUCUCACGUCAGGCAAAUCCUCAGCUCCCACUUCCGGAGACGGAUCUAACAUUGCUGCUUCGACAACAACACGGCAGAAUCCACCAGCAGCCAGUGGUACUCCAAGCCUCAGCAGCUGCUCCACGCCCAACAGCUCAGAUGAUUACUACAGCACAGUGGAGAGUGACCUGAGGGUGGAGCUGACAGAGAGGCUGUUUGCUCUGGACACAACAGAGGGCAACAGCACGUCUGCAAAUACUGAGAUGGACUUUAGUGACUUGGACCUGGAGACUUUAGCUCCUUACAUCCCCAUGGACGGGGAGGACUUCCAGCUGAACCCCAUCAUCCCAGAGUCUGAGUCCCUGGAGAGGAGUCCCGCAGGAUCCAUGAGGGGGAGCAGCAGCAGUAUCAACAGCAGCAGCCCUCCACAAACAAACCAGGCAUCCCAGCAGACCAUUGGCAAUGUCACCAGCCUCCUCCAGCCCCUGUCCAACCCUCCUCAACCCCAUUGUCACUACCAGCCCCGGCCUGCUGCAGCCUCAUCCUGGGCCACAGGGGAGAAGAGAGGCUCCAACCAGGGGCCCACAAACCCCCGCACAGCAUCUUAUUUGAUGGGGCACAUGCAGAACCCACCGUACCAGGCCCCGGCAAACACCCCCCUCUCCUCUAUGGGUGGCAGGCAGAAUUUGCAGUGGCCCCCGGAUCCUCUGUUAACCUACCAACAACAGCACCCAGUCACCAAGUCUUACCUGAUGGACUCCUGCCAACAGGACAUGGCACACGUCAUGCAGAAGCAGAGGUCUGUGGACAACUUUGUACAAGCCUACAGAGACAUGAGUCCAGCCAGGAACAACAGUAUCAAGCGCUCCUUCAACCAGAUGGCUGUGGGUGAAAAUAAGCCUUCAGAUCUCAUGUGGAAGAAGAUGAGGAGUGAGAGCUGCAUGGACAUGGAUCGCUCCCUCAGCACUGGAUCACUGACAGAUUCGGGAGUGAGCAGAAUGUUAGCGGGCAGCUUGCCCUCACACCUCAGCUCCCUGCAGCAACACAGGAAGUGUCAGUACCCAGGAAACGGGACACGCGCCGCAAGUGAGAAAGGCUUUCCACUGAAGAGCUGCAACUACUUCGAUUAUAACGUUGCACCAUCUCACAAGAUGGAGGGUAUAGCCAGUCGUUUGCUGGGCCCCUCGUUUGAGCCCUCCUUUCUGCCGGAGUUGACCCGUUACGACUGCGAGGUCAACGUCCCUCUGCAGGGAAACCUGCACCUCCUCCAGGGCUGUGACCUGCUGAGAGCCCUGGACCAGGCCACCUAGUCUCCCACAUUCAAACCCCACCAAAGACCCGGACCUAACCCCAGCCCUAAACCUCAACCUACAGCCUGAGUCCUGUUUAUCACCUUCAUGCCUCUGAGCCUUCGACAGCCCAGAGGCUAAGCUAAUUUUAGGGAAUAGUAUUCACAACCAGCUCCUGCUUUAUUUAGCUCACUCUGCCUUCUCUGUUGUUCUGUACACUGAUGCUUUCAGGAGUCAAGCCUCUUAAACACGCCCUCUUUAUUCUUGACUCGGAUCAUGUGCAGGUUGACCUCCAUCAUACAAAAGUGUCCCUGCAUUGAGCCAAACCCAUCGAGGACCUACACAAAUGAAAACCCCAGUCACUUGGUAAGAAAAGGUCAAUGUGGGACAGUUUAAUAAGCCUGACCCAGGUCCUGUGUUCAGUGUGGACACGGGUCUGGGCUAAACAUUCAGACACGCAAGGCUGAACUUUUGGUGUGAACAGGGUAUUUUAGAAGUGUGGAAUUCAGGCACAAUCUCUACAAUCUCAAAGACAAGGGAUUCAAACCUGUGUCUUAUCCAGAGCCUGUUUCCUGUGAUGUGAACUCUAUGCAGCUCAGUCCCUGCCUUACCUUCUCUUCAUCAGCUCUGCUCUGAGGAGAAGAUGCUCUUACAUUACCUACACAUUAACACAAGCACUGUGUUCUCUAACUCUCAGUGUCUGACCAGCAAUUAGACCAGACCACUUUUCUAGUCUUAGUCAAAGGCGCAACAAACAGCCAUGAAUCGGUUCUGAAGAACCAAGGAUUUUUCACAAAUAAUGCUCUUUGAUUCUGCUUCUUGAUUCCAAUCGAUCACUAACUGUUCAAAGGGAGGAGGCGUUUGGAGUGGUUUUCAACUGUCACAGCAGCAGUUACCGAGACUGUAGCAUAAGAUUGAACUUCUUUUCUUCUACACAAGAAGUUAUUAUGUAAUUGAAUCUAUCAUAGUUUCCAAAUUAAAAGUGUAGAAUAUAUAAAAAGUCUAUGUUAAAAUGUCUGAACUGACAUUUCUUCAGUUCAAAGUCUCAUUUUAUGAUCCACUUUUCCGAUGUUAGUCGUUGAAGAACCUCAGAAUCUUAAGCAGUGGCAUCUUCAAGGUAUAAACCGUGAAACAUCAAUGGACCAUAAGCUCAUACUGGCAGAAAAAUACAAUGCUUUCUAUUUCUUAAAAUAUUUGGGGUAAUUAAAACUAUUCAUAUUAAAGCUAACUGUUCUGAGGCUAACUCCUCUGAGCCUAACUGUUGUGAGGCUAACUCUUCUGAGGUUAACUGUUGUGAGGCUAACUCUUGUGAGCCUAACUGUUGUGAGGCUAACUCUUCUGAGGUUAACUGUUGUGAGGCUAACUCUUGUGAGGCUAACUCCUGCAGCCUCACAAUCUCUUAUGGUAGAGAGAGAGAGAGAGAGAGACGAUGAAGCGACAGGGGGAGGAGUCUGUGACGAGCCUUGCAGUUGGACAAGAGGGUGAUGAAGCAGUGGAAGGCAGUAGCUGGUGUUUGACCAGAGAGGGCAGUAGAUACAACAUGGAACUGUGAACUGUGAAGAUUUGCACUUGGAUCAGCAAAUAUCGUUAACUAGAUAAACAUAUACACUGGUUUACACCUGGAAAAGUGAUUUAGUUUAGCUUUAGUUACAUUUUAAAGACUCUUACUAGAAGCGGGAAUCAAUAAGCACAAUCAAAAUGGCUGUGUUUGUCUUCUGUGUCACAUUUACAAACAGACUGAAUCAUCUCAACAUCAUCUGUUUCUGCGAUGGUUUUAAAGACGUUGUGUGUGGUGUGUGGUGAAUCCAUGUCGACACAUUAAAUCUGUUUCCACUGUCUCUCUCGGCCUGUGUCAAAGGUGAAUGAUACCCUAAUAAGCCAAUAUCGCAAUACAUGUACUCUACUGUAAGUCGAAUCUUUUUUUUUUUCUCUUCUCAAAGAGAUUAUAUCUGGUUUCUCUCACUCGCAUGUGACUACAGGGUUGUUGUCUUUGUUUUCUUAUUGAGAUUAUAUAUAUGUAUAUAUAUAUAUAUAUAUAUGUAUAUAUAUAUAUAUAUAUAUAUAUAUGUAUAUAUAUACAUAUAGAUAUAUGUAGAUAUAUAGAUCUAUAUUCUUACACCUUCAGUAUACUCAGUCAGCAGCAAAGAUAUAGCAUUAUUCACCAAACUGAACUCUUGUACAAAAUACACUGUGAGGAAAUGUUGCAGGCAGCAGCCAUUAUCAUCCUCAUCAUCAUCAUCAUCAUCAACACACCAGGUGUUUGCACAGAAAGGGGGAGGAGCCUCAUCUGCCCUUAAAAUCACUUUAGGAUUUUACAAAUGUUUUCCCCUCCACGGAUCCAGGCAGACAUUUUUAAAAUAUUAACUUCUGUGUCAUAUGCAAACCAUUUUCACCGCAUAGUAUAAUAAAUAGUCUAAUUGCCUAAAAAUACUAUAUGGCUUUGACAAGAAAGACUGUUCUAUGUUAUUACCUUUUAAUAACAAUACAUACAUUCUGAUUCCAUGAGCCUUCCUAUAACUGGAAUUUAUUAAUUUGCAAUAAAAUGUCAGACUAAACUUAGAGUCCAAAAAUCUGAAGAUUUAAUUUACAUUUUACAGCUACGAAUCACUGGGAAACCUAUUUAUAGUUUAUUGUUAUUAUUAUUAUUACUAUUAUUAUUAUUUUUGUUAUUAUUGUUAUUAUUAAUAUUAUUAUUAUGUAACUUAUUGAUUUCCACAGAAGUAGAAACAAAUGUCUGCCUGCUGCGUUUGUGGCUCCGUGAGAUUUAUAGAAAGCACCAUGUGCUGAAUCGGCCAGAGGAUUAUUAGCGGGCGUUAAAGCCACUGAUGGAGACACUCGAGCCACUAAGGGUUUGAAGUGCUCCAGUUUGGUAUUAAAUAAAAGGCCACUUCAGGAGAGGUCAGUCCUGUGUUAUUACAGCAGCAUUAUCACUUACUUCAACACUCUGUAUAUGUAGCAGCGUUAGCAGCAGCCUGUGAAGUGUGUGUGUUAUUCUUCACGACUAGGACAAAGCCAGUUUUCUUUUUUUCCCUUUUGAAUUCAUGACACAGAGCGGCUGCCGUUACCAGGCAGCUUAAUUAUAGAAAUCAAAAAUCACAGCAUUGAUAAUGAGUCAUAUCAUCAACAGUUCUCUGCAGUUUUCUCUCUGUCGGUCUCUCUCGUCGUGUACUGUCCUUGUGUGGUGACCACUUAGGACUAUGAAUUAUUGAGCUUUGUACACAUUUACCAUAUGUAUUUAAAAAAGAAAAAGAAAAGAAGCUAAAACUAAUGUUGAAGAUGAUUUAUUUGUCCUGGUACUUUGUCCUUAUCGACCUGCCGUAGACGUAGAUCCCUCACAGUGCUGUUUCCUCUUGUGUUUUUUUUAUUUUUUAUUAUUCCCCUGCUGAGAGUUUUAUCGUAAAAUAAUAUCUUUUGAAUCUGUUUGCUGGCCAGUACAGUUUGUGUUCCUGCUUUAAAGAAGAUUCAAAGAAAAGCAAAUCACAUUUAAAGGCAAACAUCAGUUUUUUUUUCUUCACUUUUCAGAUAUGUAGCAUUUUGAAUAUUUAAGGUUGCCACAUAAUUGAAUCAUACUUUUCCAGGUGGAUAUACAUAUAUAUGUAUAUGUAUAUGUAUAUAUAUAUAUAUAUAUAUAUAUGUGUGUGUGUAUAUGUAUAUGUAUAUAUAUAUAUACGUAUAUGUAUAUGUAUGUAUAUGUAUAUGUAUAUGUAUAUAUACAUAUACAAAUACAUAUACAUGUAUAUAUACAUAUGUAUAUAUAUUUACAAGUAUUGGUGCUUCAUAGUCCACAUAUGUGUCAUUUGUACAACUUUUACCACAUGGAUCCACUUACACUGUAUUCUGCUUUAUGUUGUGUUUAUGCUGAAAUGUUCUUUAAAAGUUGAUUUGAAUGCAAAUGUGCCUUAUUAUGAACCUCUGGUUGACUAAAUAUAAAAAGUGUUUUCACCCUUCAGCGGCACAAUUUGUUUUCUGCAACCCUCUGUCAACAAUCAGGUGUGGUGGUGGGGGGGGGUUAUUGGAAGAAUAACAAAGAUUAUCAAUCUUUCUUUAUUUCAGAUCAAGCUCCUUCAAGGAAUUUCACAAUACAUGAGUGGAAAUUCUUGCCUACUUCAUCUUUGCAUUGUGUGUGUAAAGAUGAAGAUAAUGCGAUUUUAACGUCUAAAAAGAUGUACGUUGUGUUUGGUCAUAGUACACAAUCAUAGUAAGAGUUCAAGUGCUAAAGGUUUAAGUUUAGUUUAAGUUUAACCAGAGAGAGAUAUGACCUAAAUAGUGUUAAUGUUUUCAUGAAAGUGGAAUUUAAAAUAAAUAUAAACAGAGAAGUUCUGCUUACAUGUCUGUUCUGCUAGCUCAAAGCAGACAUGAGCUAAAUUGAAACUAAAAUGUUUUAAAACAUUUUGUUCACUUUAAUUUCAAACAUGAGCACCUUGUAUUGAAACAACUGUUACGAGAAAACACAAAGAAAAGGUGCACAAAUAACAACGCGUAUCUCAAAGGGAAGUGAAUCGCUAGUGGAUGCUAUGCGCUAACUGGUCCGGGUGCUAAUCACUCUGAACUGUUUGAAGGAUGUUUGAGUUUUCCCAAGUAAAACAUAAGGUGUCAGGACUGAAUUCACUCUUUCAUCACUGAUCGUCCUCUUUAAAGACAAUUUCAGCAUCAUCUCUGUUCUUGUGUAAGUUAUGUUGUCGUUGUUGUUGUUGUUGUUGUUGUUGUUUUUCUGGGAUCCAUGUUGAGCUACUAUUUGUUUAUGUCAAUAUCAGACAGUACAGUUAUAUUAGCUAAUUCUACAUUUUGUAAUGUGCUAAAAGAGAUUCUAUUGAACUUAUUAUUAAUCGUAUCAUUAUUAUUAUUAUCAUAUAUUGUCAUUAUUGUUAUUACUAUACAGGGGAAUUUGACCUGAUAAAAGGUUUUGUGUUUCUGCACUGGUAUCUUAUUAAAGCAUACCAAUCUUA